UAGAUCAGUCGAGAGAAAAACGCUGCCGGGUAAACCACACAUCAUGUCCAGCUCUGGAAUCAUACUAUAUGGGGUAGACCUCAGUCCCUGUGUGAGGACCGUCAAACUGACCCUGAAGGUCCUCAAUCUGGACUACGAGUACAAGGAGGUGGAUCUGCAGGCGGGCGAGCACCUGAGCGAGGAAUAUCUGAAGAAGAAUCCCCAGCACACGGUGCCAGUGCUGGAUGAUAAUGGUACCUUCAUCUGGGACUCGCAUGCCAUUGCCGCCUACUUGGUGGACAAGUAUGCGAAGUCGGAUGAACUCUAUCCCAAGGAUCUGGUCAAGCGGGCGAUCAUCAAUCAACGCCUCUUCUUUGACGCCAGUGUAAUCUAUGCCGGCUUGGCCAAUGUAAGCGGUCCUUUUUGGAUAAAUGGCAUCACCGAAGUGCCACAGGAAAAACUGGACACCAUACAUCGGGGUCUGAAGCUGCUGGAGACGUUCCUGGGCAACAGCCCCUACCUGGCCGGCGAGUCACUGACCCUCGCCGAUCUGUCCACGGGGCCCACUGUGAGCGCCCUGCCCGCUGCCGUGGACAUAGAUCCUGCGACAUAUCCCAAGGUCACCGCCUGGCUGGAGCGACUGAACCAGCUGCCCCACUACAAGGAGAUCAACGAGGCUCCAGCCCAGAGCUACGUCGCCUUCCUGCGCAGCAAGUGGACCAAGCUGGGCGAUAAGUGAGCAGCGCUCUCAAGCUCGAGCUUAAAUUUUAUUUAUCAAUGUACACCACUAUAUUUAAAACAUACA